AAUUUCUAAUUUUUUUAGGGCUGAUCGUUCUUCCAGACACCGCGCACCGUGAUGAGUUCUAGCUGCUAUAAACUAGAGAACGGGACCGCGAUCAGUCUUCAUUCAACGUGCGACCGCCACCGGGAGCUGACGUUUUUCCUGGAUCGGUUUCAAAUCGUCAGUCUAAAGGUUCAUCUCUAACCAUCCAAUCAUGGUUCACAAGGAUCAUUACGAAACCGUGAACGGAGAUGAAGCAGCGCCCUGGGUCAAAGAGUCCACGAUAAAGAUGGUUGACAGCCAACGUAAUGCCCUCGAUCCUGUCAUCGUGUGUCAACGGGACGAGAAUAUUGAACGCGGCAACUGGUCCAACAAAUUGGAAUUCAUCCUCUCCUGUUUCUCAUACGCUGUGGGUUUGGGAACUAUAUGGCGGUUUCCUUAUCUAUGUUAUCGCAAUGGCGGUGGAGCCUUCCUCAUUCCGUACGCCAUUAUGUACGUCUUUGCUGGAUUACCUCUGUUCUUUUUUGAACUAUCGUUCGGGCAGUAUGCCAGCGAAGGUCCCGUAAGCAUUUGGAAAGUCGCUCCGAUCUUCCAAGGAAUCGGAUACGCAAUGUUUCUCAUAUCAUUCUUCAUCGGCAUCUACUACAACAUGGUGGUCGCAUGGUCGUUUCGAUACUUGUUUGCUUCCAUGGCGGCGGUCCUUCCAUGGACGUCAUGUGAUAAUGUUUGGAAUACUAAGAAUUGUCGCGAUUUUGAUUUCAAAAACUGCACAUUAUUGGAAGGAUUAGUCGAUUCUGAUAGAAACUGUCACAUCAAGUCAGAGACCAAUGCCUCUUAUUGGAAUGAACUGGAAUUAAUGAAGAAUGCUAGCAGGCUUCCUGCAGAUGAAUAUUUCCACCACCGAGUUUUACACAUCAGCACUGGUAUCCACGAUUUAGGACCCAUUAACUGGGAAUUAGCACUGUGUCUACUCCUCGCCUGGGUCUGCGUCUUCAUGGUACUUCUUCGUGGAAUCAAGACUUUUGGAAAAGCAGUAUAUUUUACUGCUCUAUUCCCCUACUUGAUCCUGACCAUUCUGUUGAUUCGAUCAGCCACACUACCAGGAUUCAUGGACGGCAUCAUGUUUUACCUGACUCCGCAAUGGGAUAAAUUAACGGAAGCCAGCGUGUGGGGAGACGCAGCCAUGCAAAUCUUCUUCUCUCUAUCGCCCUGCUGGGGAGGAUUGAUCACACUGGCAAGUUACAAUCGAUUCCACAACAACUGUUUCAGGGAUGCCGUAAUUGUAGCAACUGGAAACGUCUUGACAGCUUUCUUUGCCGGAUUUGUCAUCUUCGGUAUCAUUGGAUUCAUGGCCUUUGAACUGGGAACUACCGUCGAUAAAGUUGCCACUCAAGGAGCUGGACUUGCAUUUGCCGUCUAUCCGGAAGCAGUAGCUCGACUGCCGAUCGCUCCUUUGUGGUCGAUCCUCUUUUUCGUCAUGUUGCUGACGCUCGGUCUCGGAACUCAGUUCACCGUUUUGGAAACUGUGGUUACAACAAUUGUUGACCUGUGGCCGCAUAAACUUCGCGGAAGGAAUCACAAGUGGGUGCUGCUGGCCUGUGCUACCAUCAUGUUUCUUCUUGGACUCGUUAUGUGCACUGACGGUGGCAUGUACGUCUUACAAUUGAUUGAUACUUAUGCCGCUACUUUCUCCGCGUUGAUCAUCGGAAUGACGGAAGUUUGCGUGAUCGCUUGGCACUAUGGCGUUGAUCGAUUUCUCGAUGACAUCAGAAACAUGCUCGGUCAUGACGCACCUCCUCGUUGGUACUGGCGAUUUGUAUGGAAAUUCUUCACGCCAAUCAUCAUCGUCGCUAUCUUGAUUUUCACUCUGGUCGACUUCAAAACGCUGACGUACGGCGAUUAUACGUAUCCCAUGGAAGCCACUAUCCUAGGAUUUUUCAUUGCUUUAUCGUCUGUGUCUAUGGUUCCUAUCGUGGCGACCUACAAGAUUCUCCAACUCGACGGUCCAAUUGGCGAGCGCGUUCGGAUUCUGUUGCAACCGACUAGCGAUUGGGGUCCUGCACUGCAAGUUCAUCGCAUUGAGUGCGGUGCACCGACCCACACCGACUCUCAAGUGCCGUUGACUUUACCCAAUUGUAAAUUUGACGACCUUGAGCUGGAGUUGGGUACGGUUCUGGAACACGACUCUGAAAAUGAUAACUGGAUUAAUAUGAAACCCACCAGACCGAACUGAAUCCUUCACCCCCAAAUACCGACAGCAUCCAAACCACUGCACUAGAUCAUAGAGUCUUAACUUUAUAGUAACAGAUUUCUCACGUUCAAUUCACCCGGUGGAAAGGAUCGUAUCCUACAAGUCACAUAAUCUCAAUUAUCUGUAUAACUUGUUCCAUAACCCAAUGUGUUAAUUGUAAUUCAUUUGUGUCCUCUGCUGUUUUCACGCAGACUGGCAAUCCGACAUGCAAAGCAUUCUGAAGAUAAUGUAUCUAAUAAGGUGAUAUCUAGACAUAUUACGACAAACGUAAACUUUUUGGCUAUUUUGCAUAAUGUUUAUAAGGAAUGUUCGUUGACGCAAUCUUGAAUCAAGAUAUCGUUUGACGAAACAUAAAAAAAAAUCGUUUUUGGCGGUUUCCAUUGCUAUCAUCAAACGAUGAACAUUCAAAACUCUUUUCAUAAAUAUCGCUGUUUAUUAUAGAACGUGAAUUUACUUCAAUAUCCAAAGCAUUAAUGUUUGAAUUUCUUUUUAUCAUGGGAGUUUCAAUGUAUGCAAUACAUAUGUUUAACAAGA